AAGAACAAACAACGGAGAGUGAAGGAUGCUUGGGUUUUACGUGCUCUUGGUUCCUCUCUGUGGUGCCUAUGGAGACGUGCUCUAUGCUCACCCUGGAGACAAUGUCACCUUGUCUUGUUUCUACACGGCCAGUUCCAAACAUCUGAGCUGGUAUAAGCAGGUGGCAGGGCAGCAACCCCAGAUUGUGUCCUAUUUCUACGAAUCCUCAUCCAACUCCAACAAAUUCUUUUUGGAGUUUGAAAGCAACGAACGAUUUUCGGUUCAUGUAGGAAAAGGUUUCUACAAUCUGAACAUUUCUAACGUCCAAGACUGGGAUUCAGCCAUGUACUACUGUGGACAUAUGACUGUUACAGUCACUGAAUUUGAGACUGCAACGUUUUUGAUCUUGAAAGAUUCAAGUUGCAGGGCUCGUCUCCUCCAGCAUCCAGACUCUGACGCCACACAGACAGAGUCAGAUACUAGGACGCAUCAGUGUGAGGUGGCUUUGUGCGGAGAGAUUCUCUUCGGGACUGGGAAAGGACUGCGUGCUGGAGGGCAGCAGAGCAACGCUCCCUCUGUGUUGGUGUAUUGUGGAGCUGCAGCGCUGCUUGUGUCUGGUAUCUUCAACAUCAUCUUGUGUUGCAUCUCCUGCCAAAAAUCCAGAAGAAAAGGUCUCCACUCCGAAGGGUCCCAUAACCAGCCGGAAUACACCGCUGACAAAUGA